UUUGAGCAUUUCUCAUUUGCUGUUUGCUUCUGUACACAAAAUUAACAAAUAGUUGGCAAAGUGAAAAACUAAGGAGCCCCAAGCCCCCUCCCCCCUCCACAACCUCAACGUUCCAACGCCUGCAAUAACGGCUUGCAACUCUUGCAAUGGCAGAGUAAAGUAAAAGUUAGUGACGUCAAGAACAUGACAAGCAUCAAAAUUGACGAAAGCAGAUUGUAGCAUUACUUCUCACGAUCCUGUGUUGGGUUUAUGUGAAUAUCACACAGAAGAUUCGUUUUAGGUAGAAAGAAUUGUGAAGAUGUGUUCGAUAAGUGGUCAACACAAUUUGGAUGGCUGUGGAGAAGAACCAUGUCUGAAGGCAAUAAGAAAAGAUGACAAUAUAAGCUCCAGAAAAAGAAGUUCGAAGCUGUCCACAUCUGCUCCAAUAGCCAAGAACAUCACAUCGAAUUUCAGGUGCCUGUAUAAGACAGAAAAACGAUCCAUUUUUGCUGCUCAGCCAUCCAAUAGCUCAAAGCCUAGUAGUGGUUGUCGCUCGGCUGUCAGUUCUGAAGCCCCUUCUGCGGCUACCGGAGAGCUUCUUGUUUCUGCUUCUGAUGCUCCUGUUAAAUGCAAUGAUAUGGCUAUGCCAUCCUCCAAUGGACAUCUUAACCACAAAGAAUCUGACUCUAAGCAUGUCUUGACAAAAGGUCGACGCCGGAUUUCGAACACCUACAGUGCUGACAAUGGUUGCUCGUCCUCGAAAUCAAGUUUUGAAUUUGAUUCUACUUCCUUGAAACCCGUUACCGUCAAUGGUGGUGAUAGCUUUGCUUCUGGACCAUCAAUUGCUAUUGAAGAAAGAGGUGCAUUCAUCUCGAUUCUCAGAAAUCACGGAUGCCUAGGCAAAGGUUUGAACAGGCCGCAGCACCGAGAUUCUGGUGAAGGUACUCGAGCCAAUGGUGACAGCUGCUAUUGCUCAAUGCGGUGCAAAGUCUGUGAGGGCAUGGAAAGUACGUCAAAGAUGCUGAUAUGCGAUAGUUGUGAGGAUGCAGUUCAUGUCUCUUGUUAUAAUCCGAAUAUGAUGAUAUUACCUAAGGGGGAAUGGCUCUGCCGAUCAUGCUUGAAAAAGAAGCAUAAAGUAUUAACCGAUAAGUCCAGUGGCGGUUCGGGCGGGGAAUUUGGAUCCUUGGAGUUCCUGCUUAGAGAUACUGAGCCUUAUAUGUCGAAUGUCCGGAUUGGUGAUGAGUUUCAGGCCAAUGUUCCCGACUGGCGCAGCCCCAUCAUUGAGGAAUGUGAUCUUUGUGGUGAUCCUUCAGAAAUGAAUCAUAAUGACGGUGACCAGAAGGAUCCCAUCAAGCCUUUGAAGCUGAGUUCGAUUGGUAAUUGGGUCCAGUGCCGAGCAAUCAUUGACGGCAUCAGUGAAGACAUUGAUGGAACUGUAUGCGGAAAAUGGCGCAGGGUGCCUCUUUUUGAGGUUCAAACCGAUGAUUGGGAAUGCUAUCGAUGCAUUCUUUGGGAUCCAACACGUGCAGAUUGUGCCGUCCCACAGGAGGUCAAGACAGAAGAAGUCAUGAGGCAACUCAAGUACAUCGAGAUGUUGAGGCCCCGGUUGACUGCCAAGAGCCGUAAAAUAGCUGGAUCAUUCAAGGGCUGACAAUUCAGAUCGCUGUGGUUGUUGGCAGCCAGCCAUAGCCAUAGGAAGAAAACAUAGAAUUGCAAGGAUUUGAGGUGCAGAAUAGAGAUUUGUUCUUUCUUUUCUUGUUAUGUGAUGGUGUUUUUGGUAUUUUGUGUACCUGCAAAGCCAUUGCCAUUUUCGAGUUAGCUGUAAAUGCAGCACCAUUUGAAGUUUUCAUUUUGAUUUA